UCGCAUUUCCGGGUUCCAGGUUCAACCAUCAACAUGCUUGCACCGAAACUAGAAGACGCUCUUACAAAACUUUAUGACAGUCUCCGUAAAUGUAAAUUUAAUCAUUGCUUAAAAUGAAGUUUAUAGAAAAGAAAAACAUAAUCGGACAUUCAUCCAGCAUCCACUACUUCGCAUUGCUGCUUCGAGUUCAAUUUGAACCAUAAAUCGUAUAACCUGCUGUAAAGAUGGAAAGGUAUACAUCAUGGUUUGCAAAGAAACAUUUCCUUUUCCCCGCUUCUUUUAUUAUACGACUCGCUUUGGUAAUUUAUGGCGACUACCAGGACAGAACCAUGGAGGUGAAAUACACAGACAUCGACUAUCACGUGUUUACCGAUGCUGCGAGGUUCAUCACUCAGGGCGAGUCGCCAUGCAACAGAUCAACAUACCGUUACGCUCCUGUCCUGGCCUGGAUUCUCACUCCCAACAUCUACCUGAACUUCACGUUCGGGAAGAUCCUCUUCAUCCUCUGUGAUGUGCUGACAGGCUUGCUCAUCUACCAGUACCUCUGCCUGCGGGGGAUCAGCUCAGAGUUUGCGUGUCGUGUCUGCUCCCUGUGGCUUCUCAACCCCUUGCCCAUGGGCGUCUCCAGCCGGGGCAAUGCCGAGUCCAUACUGACGGCCCUAGUACUGUGUACACUGCUGUGUCUAGAAGACACAAUGGCAUCCUCAACCCCUUUGACCGAGGCCAACACCACCUUUACCCUGGCCUUGCUCAAAAAGAUCACGGAGGAAAACAUGUCUGGCAAUGUCUUCUACUCUCCUCUCAGCAUCUCUUCGGCCUUGGCCAUGGUGCUGCUGGGUGCACGGGGGAACACCUCCACACAGAUGUCAGAGGUGCUCUGCUUCUCUGAGGCAGAGGGACCCCAGCAGCAGGCUCUUCCAGCACUGGCACAGAUGCAGAUGCAGCAGAGGGCGCCCACCACCUUUCUGCCACCGUUUCUGCUCAAGAGGAUGGCGCUGCAACAUCAGAAGGGCGAAGAGGACAUCAACGCCAGCUUCUCCAAACUGCUGAGCGAGCUGAACAAGCCAGACGCGCUGUACUCCCUCAGUCUGGCCAACAGGCUGUAUGGAGAGAAGACUUACCAGUUUGUUCAGGAGUUCCUGGAUGAAACCAGGAAGUACUACCAGGCAGACCUCCAGUCUGUGGACUUCCAAGCCAAGGCAGAGGAGGCCAGGGUGGAGAUAAACACCUGGGUGGAGAAACAGACACAAGAUAAAAUCAAGGACCUGUUGGUACCUGGUGUGGUUGACUCACUGACCAGGUUGGUGCUGGUCAACGCCAUCUACUUCAAGGGAAAGUGGGACGAGCCGUUCAAGAAGGAAGCCACCGAGGAGACUGCCUUCAAACUGAACAAGAAUGACACUAAGCAAGUGAAGAUGAUGUACCACAAAGCAAGGUUUCCUCUUGCCUUCAUCCCUGAGGCGAAUUGUCGGAUCCUGGAGCUGCCCUAUGAAGGCAAAGAACUCAGCAUGCUGAUCUGCCUGCCUAUGGAAAUUGAGGACGGCACCACCGGCCUGGAGAAGCUGGAAGCGAUGCUGACCUACGAGACCUUCAUGGAAUGGACCCGGCCCGACAGGAUGGGCCGGAGGGAAGUCAAUGUGGGCCUGCCGCGAUUCAAGAUGACCCAGACCUACGACAUGAAAGACCUGCUGGUCAGCAUGGGCAUGGUGGACGCCUUCGACCAGGGCCUCAGUGACUUCUCUGGCAUGUCCUCGGCCAACGACCUGGUGCUGUCCAAGGUGGUCCACAAGGCCUUCGUGGAGGUCAACGAGGAGGGCACCGAGGCCGCCGCCGCCACCGCUGGUGGCGAUAUGAUGUGUUGCCUCAUAAUACCCCCCCGAUUCGUCGCCGACCACCCCUUCCUCUUCUUCAUCCGCCACAACCCCAGCAAGAGCAUCCUGUUCACCGGCCGCUACAGCUCACCUUAGUGAUGGCUGAGGGUGGGGGGCGGGGGGGGGGGGGGGGUGGACACGUGUCUGUGAGAGCCUCCAAUGUGAAGCGCACAGCGCUUGCCUACAUUCAUUAAGCGUUCACUUGUCUUUUAAACUGGAGGAGACCUGCCUUGAUCAGACCGGGUUGUUGCUGCAAAGCUUUGAAAUGUACUUGUUUUUAGUAUCGAGGUAACUCAUGUUGGUGGUAUGCAUUCACAUCCAGUUAAUUGUUGUGUUAACACUGAGUGGAACCAUGGAUUUACACACUAGCCUUGCGCUGUAUACCCCCGGUUUGUUACUCUCCAGCCUUAGGUCACCCAUAUGUAGGCCCAUUCUAGGCUGCUUUAAGUCCUCCACAUAAACUCCUUUACUGCAGUAGUUCAGUCAGUAAUGCAGUUUACUUUUCUCUCACAUGCUAGGUUAUGUCAUUAACCGUGGGAAACCUUUAUUUUAAGUGUGUGAAUUUGUUUGGCUUACAAAGACAAAGACUAAACAAACGUACCAAAAAAUUAUGAAAUACAUUUUUGGUGGUUAGUUUCUAUGACCUUAUUCCCCAUAAUAAAUUGCUUUUUUUUUUAUA